GAUCUUUCUCACUCAGACUCUUCGCAGCGGUGACUCGGCAGCUGCGUCUCGCGUCAUCAGUGACAGCCCCGAACCCUUGCUACGCUUUGCGUCGCUUUGCCAGGAGCAGUCACCUCCUCCUUGGUAAAUAGUCCUCGGCGGGGUCCGAGUUCUUGUAUAACAGGAAAAGGGGGACACGAGGAGUUGCAGUGAGCAGACGCGGAAUCGGCAAGGAGAGGAAGAUACGGCCGAAGUUUCUGUGCUUGUGUGUGAAGUUAGUUAAAAACUCCCUCCCUUCCUGAGGAUCCCUCCGCCUGCAGUAGCGGUGGUGAGGCCGAGGGAGCCGCCAUUUUGGAUGUUCGGUUCCUGCUGCCACUGCUGCCGCCGCCCCCGGAGCUGCUGGUUUCAUUCGAGGUUUCGGGCCGAGGAUGCCAGCCCCCAUCAGAUUGCGGGAGCUGAUCCGGACCAUCCGGACAGCCCGAACCCAAGCCGAAGAACGAGAAAUGAUCCAGAAAGAAUGUGCUGCAAUCCGGUCAUCUUUUAGAGAAGAAGACAAUACAUACCGGUGUCGGAAUGUGGCAAAAUUACUAUAUAUGCACAUGCUGGGCUACCCUGCUCACUUUGGACAGUUGGAGUGCCUCAAGCUUAUCGCCUCUCAAAAAUUCACAGACAAACGCAUUGGCUAUUUAGGGGCAAUGCUGCUGUUAGAUGAAAGACAAGAUGUUCAUCUUCUCAUGACCAACUGUAUCAAAAAUGAUCUUAAUCAUAGCACGCAAUAUGUACAGGGGCUAGCGCUUUGUACCCUCGGUUGCAUGGGCUCCUCAGAGAUGUGCAGAGAUCUCGCAGGAGAGGUAGAGAAACUCCUGAAAACCUCCAACUCUUACUUAAGAAAAAAGGCAGCACUAUGUGCUGUUCAUGUCAUCAGGAAGGUUCCUGAACUUAUGGAGAUGUUUUUACCAGCAACAAAAAAUUUAUUGAAUGAAAAGAACCAUGGUGUCCUUCACACAUCUGUAGUCCUCCUCACAGAAAUGUGUGAGCGAAGUCCAGACAUGCUUGCACAUUUUAGAAAGCUUGUUCCCCAAUUAGUUCGUAUUUUAAAGAACCUCAUCAUGUCCGGAUAUUCACCAGAACAUGAUGUUUCUGGUAUCAGUGAUCCCUUUUUGCAGGUACGAAUUUUGCGGUUAUUAAGAAUUUUAGGACGAAAUGAUGAUGACUCAAGUGAAGCUAUGAAUGAUAUAUUAGCACAGGUUGCCACUAAUACAGAGACUAGUAAAAAUGUAGGAAACGCUAUUCUUUAUGAAACGGUUUUGACUAUUAUGGAUAUUAAGUCAGAGAGUGGACUGCGAGUCCUAGCCAUAAAUAUCCUGGGUCGCUUCUUACUUAACAACGACAAGAAUAUUAGAUACGUAGCUCUGACAUCUUUGUUGAAGACGGUGCAGACAGAUCAUAAUGCAGUGCAAAGGCACAGAAGCACAAUUGUGGACUGUCUGAAAGAUUUGGAUGUCUCAAUAAAACGGCGUGCAAUGGAAUUGAGUUUUGCCCUAGUAAAUGGGAAUAACAUCCGAGGCAUGAUGAAAGAAUUACUUUAUUUUCUGGAUUCUUGUGAGCCAGAAUUUAAAGCAGAUUGUGCAUCUGGAAUCUUUCUUGCUGCAGAAAAGUAUGCACCCUCUAAACGGUGGCAUAUCGACACAAUUAUGCGUGUUCUGACAACGGCAGGAAGCUAUGUUCGUGAUGAUGCAGUUCCCAACUUGAUCCAGUUAAUAACCAAUAGUGUGGAGAUGCAUGCCUACACUGUCCAGCGCUUGUACAAAGCAAUUCUUGGUGAUUAUUCUCAACAACCUUUGGUACAAGUAGCUGCAUGGUGUAUUGGUGAAUAUGGAGAUCUUCUCGUGUCUGGCCAAUGUGAAGAGGAGGAGCCAAUUCAGGUAACAGAAGAUGAAGUGUUGGAUAUUUUAGAAAGUGUUCUAAUCUCUAAUAUGUCUACUUCUGUGACUCGAGGUUAUGCCCUCACUGCCAUUAUGAAGCUUUCUACUCGAUUCACCUGUACUGUAAACCGAAUUAAGAAAGUGGUUUCCAUCUAUGGAAGCAGCAUUGACGUGGAGCUCCAGCAGAGGGCAGUAGAAUAUAAUGCACUUUUUAAGAAAUAUGACCAUAUGAGGUCUGCCCUGCUUGAGAGAAUGCCAGUCAUGGAAAAAGUGACCACAAAUGGCCCUACUGAAAUUGUGCAGACAAAUGGAGAGACAGAACCAGCUCCACUAGAGACCAAGCCGCCACCCUCUGGGCCACAGCCUACCAACCAGGCCAGUGAUUUGUUGGAUUUGUUGGGAGGAAAUGACUUAACACCUGUUAUUCCAACUGCACCUACAAGCAAACCAGCUUCUGCUGGUGGAGAACUUCUUGAUUUGUUGGGAGACAUCAACCUUACAGGUGCUCCAGCUGCUGCUCCUUCCCCUGCCUCAGUCCCACAGGUAUCCCAGCCCCCUUUCUUGUUGGAUGGACUUUCAUCACAGCCUCUCUUCAAUGACAUCUCUACAGGUAUCCCCUCCAUCACGGCAUACAGUAAGAAUGGCUUGAAGAUAGAAUUCACCUUUGAACGGUCAAACACCAACCCCAGUGUCACAGUGAUAACGAUACAGGCCUCCAACAGCACAGAGCUGGACAUGACAGACUUUGUUUUCCAGGCUGCAGUACCAAAGACAUUCCAGCUGCAGCUCCUGUCGCCUAGCAGCAGCAUUGUCCCAGCAUUUAAUACAGGGACUGUCACACAAGUCAUUAAAGUGCUGAACCCACAGAAGCAACAGCUGCGAAUGCGGAUCAAGCUCACAUAUAAUCACAAGGGCUCAGCAAUGCAAGAUCUAGCGGAGGUGAACAACUUUCCCCCUCAGUCCUGGCAAUGAGGUUCCGACACCAUUCUCAUUCUUAUCCCACUCAAUCAAAGGAACUCUGGGAAGGAGGUUGUGAUCGCUGGCAAGUCCCCCCCAACUGUACCAUGGGCAUGAGGAGCUGAAGAGAGCUGUUGAGGAGGAUUUUCCUAAAGUUAUUGCUGACCUUGAAGCGUUGUUAAAGACUAAUCUCCUCUCCUCCACUGUUGAGGCCGGCUGCUCGGGAGGCUACUUUGCACUCUUCCUCCUCUUCUCCUUUUUUCGCACUUCUCUACCCCUCCCACCUUUACAGCCAGAAUCAACAUUCCUGGGCCCUGAGGAAAUAAGCAGCUGGUCUGGAGGAGAGGACUGGAAUCCACAGCAAGAAAACACUCACUCUGUCUCUGCAGCAAAGAGUCGCCCCUUCUUUCUACUGUGUUUCUCUGUGAACUGGGCGAGGUGGGGAAUUUGUUCCCCUCUGGCUGGUCACCAUCUUCAGGCGCUUCUUACAUCUGGCAUUCAGAAUGGAAAUGUAACAAUGGACAUCAGGGAGCCCUGCCUUUUUCUCCUGGUUCCCCCGAGGUUUGAAAGAGGCAUUAGGCUCCUAGUAGCCUUUUCUGUGCAUUGCUGUAUACACACAGACACACACAUGUAUGUAUGUUUGUUACCAAGAACUGGUCAGACCUUGAGAGAUUAUUUGUAAACACUGGACAGAUGCAGUUAAAAAGAGUUUUUGUUGAGAUUUGGCAUGAAGGAUAUGGUGCUCUAUUUGUAAUAGAAACUUCCAAGGCUCUUCCAGCUCCCCUUUCUCGCCAUUCUUUAGCUGUAGUCAUGAAUAUUUUCCAACGUUUUCAAAAUUGAUUGCCCUUAAAGUACGAAGUGGACAGCUGCUAAAAGAUAAAUGAAUAGUCACUAAUUAAUGCCCCUAUUCCCACCAGAGAUUUUCACGUUUGUCCUAAGCCCAUAACUUGCCUGUUUGAACUCUGGUAAGUGGGCGGAAAGAAGAGUUCACCGCUUUCAAAGCUCAGACGCCGGUGCCCGUAGGAAGAGUGAGUAUCGCACUCAUCCUCGAGCAUCUUGGAGUCGUCUGCUCCAUGACUCCAAACCGCCCUUUUUCUUUCCUGAGCCUGGCUCGGACCUCGGCAUUCCGUUUGAAUUCCUUCUUCUAACUGGAACAUUUGUGUUGUAUCUGUAACACUGGCACUGAAAUAAAGACCACACGGUUAAAGAAA